AUGUCAUCCUGUGACGGAGAAGAAAAGGAGGAGGCUUUAUUGUUGACGGGAUUAUGGGGAGGAGAGAGCCCUCCUGCCCAUCACCACCGCGGGCGGCACGGCGAGCGCAGCAACAAGCUCGCACCAUCGCCCAAAUCCCUAAACAUGAGCGUUUCCAACAGCAGCACCACCACGUCCUCCACCAGCGGCAACUCCCAUUCCCCGGGCCCCCCCCACCACCACCUCCACAACCAAUCCCGCCGAUCCUCCACCGGCGGCACCGGAAGCGGAAGCCCCGGCAGCGCCGCCAGCCCAACCCAGGCCUGCGCGGCCUGCAAAUACCAGCGCCGCAAGUGCAACCCUGAUUGCACCCUCGCACCCUACUUCCCCGCCGAUCAUCACCGCCAGUUUAUCAACGCGCAUCGCCUCUUCGGCGUCAGCAAUAUCCUCAAGACGCUCCGGGGACUCGACCACCCGCAGCGCACUUGGGCCAUGAAAAACAUCACCUUUCAGUCCAACAUGCGCUCUCAGGACGCCGUCGGCGGCUGCUACCGUAUCAUCUUCGACAUCCAGCGCCAGAUUGAAGUCGGCUUAGCGGACCAAGAGCAGCUCGUCCGCUACCUCGCCCUUUGCCGCGCCCAGGCCCAGGCCCGGGUCAACAGCCAGUCCUUCCUCCCAGACGCCAACGUCAUUGGAAACCCCAUUGCCGACGACCACCAGCUACACCAGCAGCAACCAUUCCUGUACUACUGCGCCGGCGGCGGCGAAGCCAGCGGUAGUGUCGUCAAGACUCACGAAGGAGGGGUCGAUCCGCCCCCGUCUUCGUCCCCCCUUCGUCUCUGCGGCAUCGAUCUUGGGCAAGAUCUCCAGCGCCCGGAGAACGACGAAGGCCACCACGAGAGACUGCCGCUGGAUAUGUUCGAGUUGAGGAACCAUCAGCCGACGACAUUCCCGGCGGCCAUCGAGGAAGAAGACGUCCAGAAAGGAGUGUCUACCCUGGACUUCAGGUCAUUUCCAACGAUUCAUGUGCGUAGGAUUAUUGAUCUUAGGGCGAAUCAUUUUUUAAGCAUCUCUGUUUUUCUGCCCCUCGCCAUCAACGGCGCUUGGAAAUCGCAUUAG